UCGGCCCCGACUUCCUGCCGGGCGCUGGGAAGCCGCGCGGGCUGGGGGUCCUCAGGGGCCGCGCUUGCAGUUGGCCGCGUCCCUGGCUACAUCCCCGGGCGCGAAGGGACUGGCAGUGGGCGGGAGAGGCCGGCAGCCUCAGCCCCUUCCGAGAGCGACUUUCAAACUUGCGCCCGCGUCGUCGCCACACCUGGGAAGCCUCGCGCGCCGUGCGAGCCGUACCGGCGGGCGGCCACCGCUCGAAUCUCCCCGGAGUGCCCCCACCGGGCAGCGAUGCCAGGAUGCCCGUCUCUGCAUCCCUCCGCCCGGACAGCAGCCAGGAGCGACCGGCAAGCCUGACCUCCACCGCGUCCUCGUCGGGCUCCUCCCGUGACAGCCGAGGAGCCAUGGAGGAGCCCAGUGGCCCCGAGGCCUCAGCCAAGAAUGGGGCAGGCUCCCCGCGGGGUUGGCACCCCCACAACAACAACAACAACUCCAGCAGUUGGCUGAACAAGAAGGGACCCCUGUCCCCAUUCAGUGGCCGGGCAGCGGCGGCUCCUGCGCACAAGCUCAGCUACCUGGGCCGCGUAGUGCGCGAAAUCGUGGAGACUGAGCGCAUGUACGUGCAGGACCUGCGCAGCAUCGUGGAGGACUACCUGUUGAAGAUCAUUGACACGCCUGGGCUGCUGAAGCCAGAGCAAGUCAGUGCCCUCUUUGGGAACAUAGAAAACAUCUACGCACUGAACAGCCAGCUACUCAGAGACCUGGACAACUGCAAUGGUGACCCGGUGGCAGUGGCCAGCUGCUUUGUGGAAAGGAGCCAAGAGUUUGAUAUCUACACCCAGUAUUGCAACAACUACCCCAACUCAGUGGCCGCCCUGAUGGAGUGCAUGCGGGACAAGCAGCAGGCCAAGUUCUUCCGGGACCGACAGGAGCUGCUGCAGCACUCGCUGCCCUUGGGUUCCUACCUGCUGAAGCCAGUCCAGCGCAUCCUCAAGUACCACCUGCUGCUGCAGGAAAUUGCCAAACACUUUGAUGAGGAAGAGGAUGGCUUCGAGGUGGUGGAGGAAGCCAUUGACACCAUGACCUGUGUGGCCUGGUACAUCAAUGAUAUGAAGAGGAGGCACGAGCACGCAGUCCGGCUGCAGGAGAUUCAGUCACUGCUCAUCAACUGGAAGGGGCCGGACCUGACCAUCUAUGGGGAGCUUGUCCUGGAGGGCACGUUCCGCCUGCACCGCGUGCGGAGCGAGAAGACCUUCUUCCUCUUUGACAAAGCGCUUCUCAUCACCAAGAAGCGGGGCGAUCACUUUGUCUACAAGGGGCACAUUCCGUGCUCUUCCCUGAUGCUGAUUGAAAGCACCAGAGACUCCCUGUGCUUCACUGUCACUCACUACAAGCACAGCAAGCAGCAGUACAGCAUCCAGGCCAAAACGGUGGAGGAGAAACGGACCUGGACUCACCACAUCAAGAGGCUCAUCCUGGAGAACCACCACACCACCAUCCCCCAGAAGGCCAAGGAAGCCAUCUUGGAAAUGGAUUCCUAUUAUCCCAAUCGGUACCGCUACAGCCCAGAGCGCCUGAAGAAGGCUUGGUCCUCCCAGGAUGAGGUGUCCACCCACGACGGGCGUCGCCAGGGGCGCCGGCAGUCUGAGCCAACCAGACACCUGCUCAGGCAACUCAGCGAGAAAGCAGCCAGAGCGGUGGGAAUGAAGCAUGCAGGCAGUGCUGGUGCUCUCCUGGACUUUGGGCAGCCCUCCCGUACUCGGGGCCUGCAGCCAGAGGCUGAAGGGGGUGCCCGGGAAGAGCAGGAGGAGGACGAGGAGGAGGAGGAGGAGGAGGAAGAGGUGGUGGUGGAGGACGAGGAGGAGGAACAGGCCUUUCAGGUCUCUCUGGAGGACCUGGCAGGGCAUGAAGGCAGCAAGAAGGGGUCUGGGCCGGAGCCCCCAGGCUCAGAGGAAGAGGAGGAGGAGGAGGAGAGCCUGGCAGUGGCGGAGCAGGGGAAGGGGCGCGGGGAGUCUGAAGGCCCCAAGAGCUGCAGGAGGCCUGGCAACCGGUCUGCGACCAGUGCUGAGAAGCGUUUGAGCUUUGAGUCCGUUUCUUCCCUGCCUGAGGCUGAACUGCACCCUGAGCCUGGGACAGAGCAGGAGGUGUUUGCUGCUGUGGAAGGUCCCAGCGCCGAGGAGAUGCCCUCAGACACAGAGACUCCAGAAGUCCUGGAAACACAGCUGCACGCCCAUCAGGAGCUGCUGGGGCUGGACCACCCAAGUGACAUGGUGGACUUUGUGGUGGCCAAGAGCCCUGAGCACAUUAAGGCCUUGAGCAGUGAGGAGGAGGAGGAAGAGGAGGAGGAUGACGAGGAGGAAGAGGAGGAGGAAAUGGGGACUGCCCAGGAGCCUGAGAGCCUCCUGCCGCCCUCUGUGCUGGAUCAGGCCAGUGUCAUUGCUGAGCGGUUCGUCAGCAGCUUCUCUCGGCGGAGCAGCCUGGCACUGGAGGACGGCAAGUCCACUGGCUUCGGGACCCCAAGGCUGACCAGCCGGAGCAGCAGUGUGCUCAGUCUGGAGGGCAGUGAGAAGGGCCUUGCCCGGUGUGACAGCACCACAGACUCCCUCAGCUCUCAGCUUCCCCCAGCAGUGGACCUCAGUGUGGGCGUGGCCGCAGAGAGUGGCCCUUCUGUUAAUGGGACAGAGCCCCCAAGCCCAGGCUGUUCAGCGGAGACCAAUAGGUCUUCCUGCAAGAAGAAGGAAUCGAUGCUUUCUACACGAGACCGGCUAUUGCUGGACAAAAUCAAGAGCUACUACGAAAAUGCAGAGCACCACGACGCGGGCUUCAGUGUCCGACGCAGGGAGAGCCUCUCCUACAUCCCCAAAGGCCUGGUGAGAAACUCGGUCUUCAGGUUCAACAACCUUCCAAGGCAGGACCCGGAGCCAGUGGCCCCACUGGGGCACAAGAGACAAGUGGGCUCCAGGCCGGCAUCAUGGGCCCUGUUUGACCUCCCAGGACCAGGCCAGGUGGGUGCGGGUUCUGGGGACCCAGCUCCUAUCACAGAUGCUGAGUUCCGCCCAUCUUCAGAAAUUGUGAAGAUCUGGGAGGGGAUGGAGUCUUCUGGGGGGAGCUCUCGGAAGGGGCCAGGCCAAGGUCAGGCCAAUGGCUUUGACCUGCAUGAGCCACUUUUCAUCCUGGAGGAGCACGAUCUAGGGGCCAUCACUGAAGAGUCAGCUGCUGCCUCACCAGAGAGUGCCUCUCCGACCCAGCGGCCCAGCCCGGCCCACCUGGCCCAGGAGCUGAAGGAGUUGGUGAAGGAGCUGAGCAGUGGCUCCCAGGGAGAGCUGGUGGCCCCACUGCACCCCUGCAUAGUGCAGCUCUCCCACAUGAUGGACAGCCACAUGAGUGAGCGAGUCAAGAACAAGGUCUACCAGCUGGCCCGCCAGUACAGCCUCCGGAUCAAGAGCAAGGCGGGGACAGCCAGGCCACCACUGCAUUGGGAAAAUGCAGCUUCCACCGUUCCCCGCCUACAGGAGGAGGCUGGAUCACCAUUGAGUGGCAAAGGUAAGAGAAAGCCGGUGCUGUCCCUCUUCAGCCGCGAGCAGAUGUUGGCCCAGGAGCAGAGCCUGUCCAAGCCCUGCUCUGCCGGGGAGACUUCACCACAGCGUUUCUCCGUCCCCUCUGCUGCCAACUCGAGGACCACUUCACCUGGGGCCCGGCCCUCCACUCGAAGCCCCCUCAGCCCCUUCGACACUGAGACCUUCAACUGGCCUGACGUCCGAGAGCUCUGCUCCAAGUACGCCUCCCAUGAUGAGGCGGCCCAGGCCGAGGGAAGCCGGGCCCGAGGCCCGCCUGUCAACCGGAGCCGCUCAGUGCCAGAGAACAUGGUGGAGCCGCCUCGGUCGGGCAGGGUGGGCCGCUGCUGCAGCCUGAAUGCCAAAAGGGGCCGGGUGGGCCCAGAGGCCGUGCAGCCCCAGCCUCCCGAGGCAUUGCCCCAAAGUGGGCCGGAUGGAGGGGAGGCCUUGUAUGUCACUGCAGACCUCACCCUGGAGAACAACCAGCGGGUGAUUGUCAUGGAGAAGGGGCCCUUGCCUGGCUCUGCGGUGGGGCUGGAGAAGGGCAGCGGCCAGAGACUGAGCUCACCAGCAACCAUGGAGGGGCAGGGCCGGGAUUUGCAGGAAGAGGGUCCCAGGGACCUAGUGGACCCAAGCCAGCAAGGCAUAGUGAGAAACCUGAGGGAGAAAUUCCAGGCCUUGAACUCUGUAGGUUGACUCUUGAGCCCUGGGGGAGAGAGGAGCUUGGGGGACAAGGAAGAACCUUGACAUAUGUCCACAAGCUUGGGCUCACCCUCCUCACAGGAGCCUCACCAAGGGCCCUGAGAAAGGGGGUGGCGCGGUGCACAGUGCUCUGGUGCACUCAGCAAGUGUCUUCACCUGCAGUGACCAUGCUGGGGUUCCCCCAACCCUGGGCUCACGGUGACCUUCCACAGGCCCAGAUGAGCCCCUCUUCCCUCUGAGGCCAUUGUGGCCACUUCCUUGUAUCUAAUUCUCUGGUAAGAAGCCAAAUAUUUAAGCUCACCUCUUUCCAGGGAGAGCAAGCCCUGCUCAGGCCUCCAGUGUCGGCAGGCCACUGCCAGACUGAGGAGCCUGCCGGAGGAGACGCGGGAAGGUGGCCUGGAGAGGCUUUGCUCGUUAGCUGUGCCUUUUCUUAGGAGCCAGGCAGGAACGAGGUCCAUAAUUUAUUGUUUGUGUGCGCGCGUACGAGUGUAUGUAUUCCCUGUUGUCGAUUCCCCUCCCGUGAAGAAUGUAACGGACUCAGUUCAGGUACUUUCAUGGGUUGCCUUGCUGACCCUGUGGUUGCCGCUAAUGUAUACACAUUUCAUUAUUUGCCAAUGGUGCAAUAACCACUGCUGACCAACUGACCUGUGUGUGGCCUCCUUACUGGGCCUGGC